AUGGAGGGAUUCCCUCUCGAGUUCCUCGCCCACCAUCUGCCGCUCCUCUUUGUCGCAGGCUGUGAUGUCGCUCCUUCGACUGCAGCUGCCUUGUCCAGCUCAGAGAGCAGUCAUGCUGCAGUAGAUCCAUUCGAUCGGCUCAGGGCCACGCUGAGAAAGGUUCUCAUGGCCAAGAGUCCAGCGCCUCAGACAAUAUGGGACCCUUCAAGAGGCAGCGGCGCCGAUUUUCGGAUCAUCUUUGUCGACAAGAGUGUAGGCUUUCCAUCGCGCAAGGCAAGAAGCGCGCCCGGCCAGAGCAUCAGCAACCUAGCGGCCUUGCAUUCACCUCUCUCGCCGCUGACAGCCAGCUCGCCUCUACAUCCUGAUGGUCUCAUGGCUCCCAUUUGGCUCAAGAAGCACAGAGAGCUCGUGCCUGCUGCCUUUGUACUCGUGCUCAGGCUAUGGGAACCCUCAAUGAUGAAGCGCGACCACGAUCAAGGUGACGGACGGCCAGGCGAGCAGGAUGAAGACGAGGGGGAGUUGGAAGUCAUGACAAAGGUCAAGGAUUCCGAGAUGAUCCUCGAGAUAUCGGAUAGGAAGAAGCUAUGCUCUGAGCGCGACGUCAAGCUCGCCGUCGUCUUGCUCACAAGUCGCAAGAUGCUCGACGAUCCAUCUCUUGAUCCUCGUUUAAGCCACAUCCGCCGACAGUCUGGUCUCGAGUCACGCGGCGCACUCUUCGUCAUCACCCCAGUAUCUGUACAAGAAGCGCAAAAUUUUGCGAGCAGCCUGCGAUCAGAGCUCUACGAUUCCGCUGCAGACUAUUACAAGGAGCAUGGGCGGCGUGCCCGAAGGAAGCGAAGUCGAGUACCAAUCCAUUCGAAUCCGAAGCCUAUCUUAUCUGCGGUUAUGCCAUCAAGCGCAACUAAUGGCAUCCCCAAAUCCAGCGAAGCUGUAAAGAUUCAGCCUUUGUCUGCUCAGGCUUGGAGCAUCCGUUACGAUUACAAGAUGGCCACCUUUGCAGAGUUCAGACAGGAGUGCGACGUCGCGCUGAAGCACUACGAAGAUUGCUCAGAUGCCCUCCUCGAGAUCUUCUCGUCUACAGCCCUCAUGCCGCCUCGAACGAAGCGGUGGGCCGAAGCAAAGGUGCUUGCGGAUUGUAUCAACCUCAAGAUAUGCAAGCUCUACAUGUACGCCGACGAGCCAGAGCGCGUCGUUGUACAGUACACCAAGCAUCUCGCGCGGUUCCGUGAGCUAUGCAACGGCUGGGGCAUCGGCGAGGAGACCUACGAAUACUGGUCCUGGCUUGCUAAGCAGUAUCGCUCGCUAGCCGAUCUUGUCGAAUUGGCAGUAGCAUCUGGCUACAGAUUGCCCAUACCCAGACUAGCUGCAAGCACCAGAACCCCAACACCUGCACAGACUCCCACCGGCUCUUCACCUGCACGCCUCCUCCAGCACGCCGGUCACUUCUAUCUCAUGGCUGGUCUUUGCACCCGGAACCGACGAGACAAGUUCAGAUUACGCGUUGUGGCGGAGACGCAUCAAGUCAACGGCUUCAGCAAUGGACACUCGUCUUCUCUGCCACCGGCACUGCAAUACGAAGGCAAAAUCAAACAUGAUGAGCUCACCAUCGAUCUAUUGAGUAAAGCAUACGAAAUUUUCAAGAGGCAGAGAUCGAAUCGGUUGAGUCUUUACAUCGCAGGUCAGAUCGCCCGUGUACAUGACGAAUCUGACAAUGCCGAGAUGGCAUUGCGUUUCCACGAGAGAAUUGCGAAGCACUACCGCAAGGAUCGCUGGCUAGACAUGAUGAGCAAUGUCGCCCAAUCUGCCAAACUGAACGCUCGGGAUACAAAUGAUGCCGGAGCUUUCGCCUUUGCCACUGCAGAAGCAGCAAUCCGCUCUUGCGAACGGCCAGCAGCAGAAUGGCGCUUAGUAGAUAGCUUGCGAGCGCUCGAUUCGAUCCAAUCUGGGGCCGAACACGACCGCUCUGUGCUGUUAGAUCUGACAGGCUUGUCAGCACUCGUCGAGGCGCGGAUCGCUUUCUGGCAAGCGGAAGCAUACCUUGACGAAGAGGUACUCUUUCAACUCAGCAUCUCGUCGCAAACGAACUUCUUAGACGAGGUCGACUUUGACUCACUCGAGAUUACCUUUGAGAACUCGCAAACCUUUCGAUGGAAUGGUCAACAUCAGCAAGGCUCGAGGCUUGCCCUGUAUGAUGCAGAUACCUCAGAAGCUAUUCUGGCCUGGAGCAGAGGAUCGACAUUGAUCUUUGCGGGUCGGAUCAGAUCUUCCAAGCCAGUCACCGUUGCAUUCGAGCGUCUUGAACUGGCCAAGACGUCAUCAAGCUAUGACAUCGCACUCGAACUGCGCAAUGCCAACGUCCAAUCGUCGCUCGAAUGGUACAGACGCGAUACCGUCUCGCAAGAACUGCAAAGCUUUUUGCUCUCGAGCGCCAAUGACUGCACAAGCUGCAGCUUCACACGACGACCUGCACUUGCGAGAGCUGUCAUAGAGCCGCCUUCCGCACUGUACAUCGAUGAUGUCAGUCAAGUCCAAUUAAGCAUAAGCAAUAUCGACAGCGUCGCACUGGCAUAUUCGGUGACCAUUGCUUGCAUCAGCGAGCCAGGCAGAGAAUGUGUCAUCUCCGAUAUGCAUUCUGAUCCUGCAGCUGUCAAGAUCACAUUCGACACUGACUUCCUGCAGCCGGAUCAGACAAUCACUCAAACUUUCUGGAUCAGAGCCACAGGCGAGGCAAGCUCUCGCUCGCUUGAGACGAUGAUCACACCGAGGAUCUCCGAGGAGUCGCGGACGGAAAGAACGCUCGACAGCAUCGCAGAGGUGACAAAGCUUGAUUUUGCAGCGCCCUUUGCUUGCACGUCUACUCUGCAGACACUGGAAACUUUACCUUUGCCCGAACUUGCUCUCGCCAUCGACGCACCAAUGCAACGGACAUCUCUAUCGAUAUUCUCAGCACUGACCUGGUUAGGCGCAUCGGCUAUCAGUCUCGAGGAUGUGGUGCUGCAUUCCAGCUCAGAGCAAGUCACGGUUCUGCCUGAGACGGGAAAUACCUCGCAGCCUCAUCAAGACCUCUUGCCAGGAACCGGCUAUGCUUGCGCGCAUGAAGCCGAGAUCGACGCGGACUUCCAGCCAGAUUUCAAUCUAGUCGUCUGCUGGCGCCGAACAGACCAGCCCGAGUCAGUACCUGCAAACACGUCACGUUUUGUUGUGCUGCACCCGCAAAUAACAGCACAGUCUGUAGCAGUGGCGGUAGACCUGCCUGCGGUGAUCAGGCUGCACAUGCCGACUUCAAUCCGGUUCACAAUAUGCAAUGAUUCGCCAACACGAUUGCUCAAAUUGACUGCGCAAAUGGAUAGCUCGGAAAGUUGGGUCUUCGCAGGUCCGCGCAAGAUCGCACGCUUCAGUGUCCUACCUCGCCGACAGCGCGAGUUGCGUUUUGCCCUUGUGGCGAUUGGCAUGCCGGGACAUACGACAAUACCGCGUCUGCGAGUGUACGAGGUCGUCGAUCCGCCGCCUCAGCCUGCUUCGGAAGCAAAUGCAGAACCUGCUCUCCCACCGCCACAGCCGACACUGCGCGAACUGGCCGUCGUCGUUCGACCCUCGUGGCGAGAGCCUGGCGCGUCUGACAGUGUCGAGUCAGAGGCUCGAACGAGCGUGUAUGUCAUGCCAGGAUGA